GUGGCCCAGUGUUUCUUCCUCCCUUGUCGGGGCCUCCACCAGUAAAUGAGAACGGAGGAGAGAAUUCACGAAGACAAGCUCCAACUUAUUCAUUCGACUCCAUGGAUGGCAUCGUGGAUGCACUGCAACUUUGGCGAGAGUUGCUAAUUCCCGUUCGGAAGCAACCGGGCAACAGACACAGCUACUACUGGCGAUGGGUCGUCGGCUCGCGGCUGAUGCUGACGCUGUGCAGCACCAUGGGCGCGCUGAUCCUCGGCGCCGCGCUGCACGCCGACACGGUGGAUGAGAUGUCCCGCGGCGUCCGCAUGGAGUUCGCCUUCCUUCUCAUCAUCCCCACCACCACCUUCUUUAUGUCGCGCCGCCAGCUGCUGGACAAAGAACUCAGCGAGCUGCAGCAAGUGGCCCAGCUGCUAGCGGCGCACUCGCACAACAACAAGGAAUCACUGAAGAAAGCUUGCAGCUGGACGGAGUAUCUGUUACGGUACUCGAAGGUGUACGCCAUGGCAGACACGUUCACGUUGAUCAUCCCUCUAAUCAUGUCACAGGAGCGGAUGGAGGUGCCCAUGUGGCCGUGGCCUCCGGGCAAGGUGUGGGUGCUGAUUGGCAGCCUGAGCCAGGUCUGCCUCGGCACACCCUUCGCGGUCCACUGUUUCCUGUCCAUGUCCCUGUACACCAGCGUGAUCAUGAUCAUCGUCAGCCUCUACCAGGUGCUGGCCAGCACCACCCUGGCCGCGGACACUCCAGCCAAAUGGAAGGAGGUCGCGAUGCUCGACUCGAAAAUGUCGAAGGUGGGGAUGGCAGUGCGCGACUCCCUGUCCCUCCUCUCUACUUUUUCCUUGAUACUGCUCCUCACGCCGCUGGGUUCCUCACUGAUGGCCCUCAAGGGAAAGUUCGAUCUCUUCACCGCAGUCAGCAUUCCCUACACCAUGCUCUACGUGGCCAUGUGCACCAUGGGACACAACCUAAAGGACGCGAGCGAUAGAGUGGCCGCAUCGGCGUACAACGGGCAGUGGGUGGAACUGCGUGACCAAGCUUCUCAUACCUACGUGCUGACGAUCAUGUCGCGCCGCGCCCGACCGCAUGCGGUGUUCGCGCGCUUCGGAAUGGGUAUGGUGGAUUUGGUGACCUGUCUCGAGGUUCUGCGUUCUUGGUACUCCUUGCUUCAACUCGUGGCUAAAGUGUUUUAAAGCCGAUUGAUGGCUGAAAGCUUGUCUUGGCUGGCCUGAAAGUCUGUUGGAAAGGGGUUCGCUCGCAUCGGCCCACCAUCGUUAGUCAGAUAAUGUACGUAACUGACCUGGUAGUAAAUGUAUAUGUUAGUAAUUCAAUUUAGCUUAAAUGAGUUCUAAAGAGAUGUAUGCCUCAGCAUGUGCAUUUCACGUACUAGAUUGCGAUACGUGAAAUCGAUUCGUUGGGGUUGUUCACGUUUGAACGCUCUG